CGAGGCCGGCAGAAAGAGCUUUGUGGCAACCCUUCACCUGCAACGUUCCCUUCAAUUCCUCGUUGCUUGUGUUGCUCGUCCCUUCUGCUGUACGUGGACUCAUCUGCCUGGAUGUUUCGGGCCUCUCUGCGGUCGGUCUCAGACCCGUUCCGCGAUCAAGUAUGUUUCGCCUGUCUAGCCCGGAGGUCAAUCGUCGAGAACUCCAUCCGGACGUCGCCGUUCUACAGGACAUACUCGUCAGGUCCUGAUCACGGCGAUGAUGAAUUGGGAGCUCCACCGCAGCCUACGGAUUCCUCAAUCCGUCUUCCAGGAAAGAAACCGGUGAAGCACCCCCGGCCGCCAGUGACGAAUAGACCACUUGGACUACCGAAGGAAAUCGUCCACAAUCCUGGUGUACAAGUCUCCAGCCCGGAGCACGUCCAGAAUGAUCAGCCACCUGAGACACAAGCACCUCCGCCAGCUGAAGCUGCAAAUGCUGGCAUCAGCAAAGCGAAGCGGAGAAAAUUGAAGCAGGCUGCUAAAAAGUCGAAAAAGGCUGAAUCAGCGGUGGAGAGCGAGUCACAGACGGAAGAGGCGACACCGAAAGCAAAGCCACUUAAGAUACGCAAGACUAAAGUACCGAGCAAAAAUGCUCUAAGAAAAUCGUUAGACAAGCUAGCAGAUACUGUGAAUGCUCUCAACACGAAGAAGGCAGCCGCAAAGGCCGCGGGUGCUGUCCAGGAGGAUCCGGUCGCUCACUUAAAAGGCUUCGUUUCAGCUAAGCAGACUGGCACACUGGAAGCUGGGAAUUUGACACUUACUCCAUUGGAUGUCGAGACCGGGCAGGUACCGAAUCUCUCCUUUGGCCUCGAGAGAGUCUUGUUCAAUCCCGGUGUUUACCAUCUCCGUGACCCACGUUCUCGAGUUUAUAAUUUCGAUCCUUAUCUGGGAGAAAUCAUGCCUGUUACGGAAUUCGACUUCGACGCACUGAAGGAGUAUAUCACGUCUUCCAAGGAUGAGACGCUGCGGAACGUAGCCGCGCAGCAAGGCAAAAAAUACGUUGGCUCCUCUUCGAGCAUGACCUCGGUCCUUGCGCACUUCCACUAUCUCCUGUCCAAUUGGCGGGCUGUCAACAUAUCAACGAUGUCUCAACUCUUUCCUGACAAGAUACGCAGUUUCACACGGCUGCUGAGGGCCCCUGCAGCUAUGUUCCUCCGCUAUCAGGAUGGUGUCUAUGCGAUCGAUGCGGACAAAGAGUUUGAUAGCGCUAAUAUUCUCAUGAAUCUCGGCAAGUCAAUGGAAAAGCUGCUCACAUUACCUAAAGAGGAGUUUGAGCGUUACCGCAGGUCAAGCAAAAAUAAGAUCUCUGCAGAGGAGGAACAGGCCAUACCAGAAGCCUACCACUAUUCUACGCUGGGAGACUUCAUCAUGCGGUCUCAGCUUGAUGCCUACGAUCCACGACUCCCGGGCACUGGCAUGUUUGAUUUGAAGACCCGAGCAGUCGUGUCUAUCCGCAUGGAUGCUAAGAACUUCGAGCAUGGCUUGGGUUACCAGAUCAAGCAUCGAUACGGGACCUACGAGUCUUAUGAGCGCGAAUACUAUGACAUGAUCCGCGCUGCUUUCCUCAAAUACUCAUUGCAGGUGCGUAUCGGUCGCAUGGAUGGUAUCUUUGUCGCGUUCCACAACAUCGAACGCAUCUUCGGGUUCCAAUACGUGAGCUUGCCAGAAAUGGACUUGGCUCUGCAUGGGCAGACAGACACCGCACUGGGGGACACUGAGUUUCGCCUGAGUCUUUCCCUUUGGAAUACGAUUCUCGACAAGGCGACCGCCAAAUUCCCCAAGCAGUCGCUGCGGUUCCAUUUCGAGACUCGUGACACGCAGAUUCCUUACAUGUACGUAUUUGCGGAACCUGUGACGGACGAGGAAAUACAUGCGAUCCAGACCCGGAAUAAGGAUGCUAUCGACGAGUAUCAACGACGGGUCUUGAACCUUGGGCCGGAAAAGAAGGCCAACGAGACCAAUGAGCCUCACAGACCCGAGUCCUCCGUUUCAGAAUCUAACACUCAGCCUGCUGCGAAGGAUACAACCACCGUUUCCCAAAGCGCACAGCAGAACCCUGCUGAGGAGUUCGACAGCAUGCAUGGCAUUAAAAAGGAGCCAGAGCAGGAACCCCGCGAUCUGCUGGCGAUGACACUUACGGUCCGCAAUUUCGUCAACGGCAGACCUGUUGCGCGCCCGUUGAAUUUCACUGCGAAUGACAAGUGGACCAUUGAGUACGAGCUCUCUGAGAUGAAGCCCAACCAGACGCAUGCGUUGUAUGAUGCACUCCAGAAGCGCCGCCGGAAGGCACUCUCUGGCCGCGGCGAAGAUGAGACCGACCUGGCUGCGAAUGUCUACAUCCGCAGACUGCGUGAGAUCAGCAAGGAGGGCAGAGAAUGGCGUGCAGAGCAGGACAAGAUCGACAAAGAAAAAGGCAUCGUCGUCCUGACGGAUCCUCUUCAACGAAGCUCAUAGACACCAAAUGCGACGUGCGAGAAGUUCCAAGAACCCUAAUCGAUCUUUGUAUAUCAUCAUGUAUAUCCGUUAUGAUUCCAUUAGUACCACGCUACUCUGAUAUCCUGACGUCUGAAAAAAAGUGGUCUGGCUGCUUAUCUUUUUCCUAAAUUUAGGGUUCAUUGGUAGACUGGGGCAUUUCGUACCAGAUACCACUUUUGAGGAUAAAGGUGUUUC